AGGGCAUGUUUGUUGAUACUGAGAUUAUGGCAAAAUAAGAACUUUGAAACUGGUAAGUGAUAAACACUUGGUUUCUUUGAAUCUGCACUAAAACCCUACACUUAGUGGAAGUUCAAUCGACAUAUCAGCAAUGUCUACCCUCGAAAUUGAAGCUCGGGAUGUCAUCAAAAUUGUGCUUCAGUUUUGCAAAGAAAAUUCAUUGCAUCAGACGUUUCAGACGUUGCAAAAUGAAUGCCAGGUUUCUCUGAACACUGUUGACAGCAUUGAAACCUUUGUUGCUGACAUCAAUAGUGGGAGAUGGGAUGCUAUAUUGCCUCAAGUUUCUCAACUCAAGCUUCCAAGGAAUAAAUUGGAGGAUUUGUAUGAGCAGAUUGUAUUAGAAAUGAUUGAACUUCGAGAACUGGAUACUGCUCGUGCAAUUUUAAGGCAAACACAGGUGAUGGGUGUAAUGAAACAAGAGCAGCCUGAAAGAUAUUUGCGUCUUGAACAUCUCCUAGUCAGAACUUAUUUUGACCCAAAUGAGGCUUAUCAAGACUCAACAAAAGAGAAGCGACGUGCACAAAUAGCCCAAGCUCUUGCAGCUGAAGUUACUGUAGUUCCACCAUCCCGAUUAAUGGCUUUAAUUGGUCAGGCUUUGAAGUGGCAGCAGCAUCAAGGGUUGCUUCCUCCCGGAACACAAUUUGAUUUGUUUCGUGGAACAGCUGCUAUGAAACAAGAUGUGGAUGACAUGUAUCCAACAGCUCUUUCUCACACGAUAAAGUUUGGGACUAAAAGCCAUGCAGAAUGUGCUUGCUUUUCACCAGAUGGACAGUUUCUCGUGUCAUGCUCGGUUGAUGGGUUUAUUGAGGUUUGGGAUUACAUAAGUGGAAAGCUGAAGAAAGAUCUCCAGUACCAGUCUGACGAAGUCUUCAUGAUGCAUGAUGAUGCUGUGCUUUGUGUAGACUUUAGCAGAGAUUCAGAAAUGCUUGCAUCUGGUUCUCAAGAUGGAAAGAUUAAAGUCUGGCGUAUUAGAACUGGCCAGUGCUUGCGGCGUCUUGAACGUGCUCAUUCCCAAGGUGUCACGAGUGUUUCCUUCUCUCGUGAUGGAAGCCAGUUAUUAAGCACUUCAUUUGACAGCACAGCAAGGAUCCACGGUCUCAAAUCUGGAAAGAUGUUGAAAGAGUUUCGUGGUCAUACAUCUUAUGUAAAUGAUGCAAUUUUUACAAGUGAUGGGAGUCGUGUUAUUACUGCAUCAAGUGACUGUACGAUCAAGGUCUGGGAUGUGAAGACUACAGACUGCAUACAAACUUUUAAGCCACCUCCUCCUUUAAGGGGAGGUGAUGCUUCAGUCAAUUCUGUUCACAUUUUCCCCAAGAAUACUGAUCAUAUUGUCGUUUGUAACAAAACGUCAUCCAUAUAUAUCAUGACACUUCAAGGACAGGUUGUAAAGAGCUUCUCAUCUGGUAAAAGAGAGGGCGGAGACUUUGUUGCAGCCUGUGUUUCACCGAAAGGGGAAUGGAUUUACUGUGUUGGUGAAGACAGGAAUAUCUACUGCUUCAGCUAUCAAUCUGGAAAAUUGGAGCAUCUAAUGAAGGUCCAUGAGAAGGAAGUUAUAGGUGUCACUCACCAUCCCCAUAGGAAUCUUGUUGCAACUUUUAGCGAAGACUGCACAAUGAAGUUGUGGAAGCCUUGAAUACUUUGGGGCUAUUUCUAUCCACAAAUGAACAUCUUUGUAAUUUCUGCAAUGUAUAUAAUGCUCUAGAGUUUAAUUUUAAUGUAUUGUUAGUAAAAUUAAUUUAUAUUAUUCACCAAUGACGUGUUAGUUGUAAGCCGGUGCUGCUUUGGAGUUAUUGACUGAUUGAAAAUUCAAAAUAUCUAUUUGCAUUCUUUUA